UCGAUGUGAUAUAAAAGGAUCUUUGUAAAUUUUACUCAGCAUAAGCUUUCUGACAGCCCAUUUGAUAGUAUCCAGGAUAAAAGCUCAGUAUAUAUAAUUAGAGAAACUUACAGUAUUGCUAAAGAUUCUACAGUCAUCAUGGAGGGUUCACAAGAUAAACAAUUCCCGAUGAAAACUUUUUAUUAUCCAUUAGACUUAUCUGAUGAAGAAGAUAAUUCGAUAUUAAACAGUAAGAAAACUUCAACGAAGCGUAAUAACAGCAUUGAAGUGUUUUUUGAGAAACAAAAGAAAAGAAAAAAGGGCGGUAACUCUAGCUCAGUUGCAAGAGCAUGUGACGGAGGAUUAUCAUACAUCUCGUCAGGUGACGGAGAAAGUGCAGAUGCAACCCGCAUGAUAAAAAUUGAUGUAUUUGACAUGAAGUCUCUAAAAGGCAUUUCACCACAAGAUUUUUGGAAAUAUGCAGACUUGCGAUUAAAGUACUUCGUAAAAUCUGAGGAUGAUAAACAUUAUCAAAGCACACAGGAAAUAAUUUAUGGCAUAACAAAACAAAUCGCAGAAAAACAGGGCUGUAAAAAAUAUUUUAUUGAUAGGAAUCCGAAGAGUCAAUAAAAAUCAUUCAAACUAUGUAAAACAAACAAAAACGAGCUAGCCGUGCUUCAACCCCCACCGCUUUUUUCACAGAGGACUACCAUAAUAUAAAAGCUUGGCUCAAGGGAAUGGUUUUAUAGUAUUUCUAUUUAUCUAACGUAAAGAUGUCUCACAGUGAAAAUAGUGAACUUUAUAAUAGCCAGUUAGUUGCACUUUGUAUGGAAGCUGAAGCAGCUGAAGCUGAAAAAACGGAUCAAAAUUUUUCAGCUGGUGAUAUAGAAACGGAACAGUUACUGUGUGAGCUAUGUGACCGCGAAGAAAAUACUUACUCGAGUCCUAUUCUACCACUGGAUUUAAAAUUUUUUGCUGGGUUAAGAUCGAGUUGGAUGCAUCGAAGUGUUGACCCUUUGGAAAUGUACAGUGACUAUUCACAACCUUCCCCGAGUCACUACAGCCCAAUCAGAUGUCAAUAUUCUCCGGAUAAUUUCAUCCUAAUACAGCAGGAGACCCAAGAAAUCAAAAGUGGUGAUGAUAUUUUAGUAGAAUAAGAUAUAAAGUGCUAGUGUUACUUUUAAACAAAUGUAUUGCUAGAUAUUAAGGAUUAUAUAAAUAAAAAAAACUAUAAAUA